AUGGAGCAACAACAGCAACAACAACAGCAACAGGGUCAAGCACCUCAAGGUGGCGUACCUGGUCCAACUGGAAGAAGGUUACACAUCGCGCAUCGAAGAAGUCCUUCAGAACUCACUCCAUUGAUGAGUAUCUUCUCUUCCCCUGGUAUGGAACAAUUAGCUAUUCAGCAACAGAUCGAGCUCUUACAACAACAGCAACAGCAGAUUCAAGCUACCCAUCAACAAUAUGUCAACAUGGGAAUUAUUCCUAAUCAACACCUUGCUGCUCCUGGCCAAGGUUUCAAUCCUUUACAACAACAACAAAUGCAGAACCAAAAUGCAUUUCAAUUCACCAAUCAAUUACAACCACAACAAAUGAAUGUACCAAUGGGAGCUCCAACACAACCUCUUUCACAUCGUCGUAAUCAAUCGGCACUUCCAAACAUGGGGAUGAAUGUAGCGGGUCCACCACCAGCUCCAUCUUCAGGCGCGGCUGGUCAAGGGUUCACUCAAGACUUUGGCGGAAAUAGCAAUCGUGGUGAGAAUCAAUCCACGAGAGGUGGUCGUGGUGGUGGCCCUCCAGGCGGUGGUCAUCAAAGACGCCAUUCUCUUGCAUUACCAGAAGCUAAAAAGGCAGCUGAGAUCGCCCAACAGAAGAGAACGACUUCUGGAUUUCAAUUCCCUAUUCCUGGUGCAGGCGGUGCUACAUCAACUGGUGGUGAUAGCUCCGAAAACGUCAGCCCUGGAGACGAUAAACCGACUCAAAGUACCGGCAAUCAUUUGACACCAAGCUCUGCUGCGCGUGGUGGUCGUGGUUCUCAUGGUAGAAGUCAAAGCAUGGCUGUGGGAGGUGGUCAAAAUGGUCGAGGUGGUUCAUCUCAACGAGGUGGUGGCUCAUUUCAAUUCCCAUCAACACAAGGAUCUACAGAUGCUGGCGCAGGUCAAACCAAUGAAUUUGGAAGAAGAAACAGUGCUCAAAGCGGACAUGCUCGUAACUCUUCUCGAAACUUUGAUGGUAACUGGAGAAAUCAAGUACCUCAAAAUGCAGCCCCUCAAGAUCCACAACCACAAAUGGGUAACUUCCAAAAUCAACAAAACCAAGGCGGUUUCCAACCAGGUCACCGAAACCGCGGAUCUAUCAAUCAAUCCAUGGGCAAUAUCGGUGGAUUCCAAUAUCAAGGUCAACCUCAUCAGCAUGCCCCACAACUCAAUGCCCAGCAGCAACAACAGCAACAACGUAAAACCUUGUUCACUCCCUAUCUUCCUCAGGCUACCCUUCCAGCUCUUCUGGGUGAUGGUCAGCUCGUUUCAGGUAUUUUGAGAGUUAACAAAAAGAAUCGUUCUGAUGCUUACGUCACGACUCACGAUGGCUUACUUGAUGCCGAUAUCUUCAUUUGCGGUAGCAAGGAUCGUAACCGUGCUUUGGAAGGAGAUCUUGUUGCCGUUGAGUUAUUGGAUGUUGAUGAAGUUUGGGGACAAAAGCGCGAGAAGGAGGAAAAGAAGAAGCGCAAGGACAUCACUGACACCAGAACCGGUGGAUCAACCAGUGGAAACAAUGAUCGAAAUCACCACCGCGAUAAUCCUACAAAUGGAGAUGAGCAAAACCAAGAGGGUGGCCUGAGAAGACGUGGAAGCUUGAGACAACGACCAACUCAAAAGAAGAAUGAUGAUGUCGAAGUGGAAGGUCAAAGUCUUUUACUUGUAGAGGAAGAGGAAGUCAACGAUGAACAGAAACCACUUUACGCUGGCCACAUUGUCGCAGUCAUUGAACGUGUUGCCGGACAAAUGUUUUCUGGGACUCUUGGUCUUCUUAGACCUUCCAGUCAGGCUACCAAGGAGAAGCAGGAAGCCGAACGUCAAGCCCGUGAUGGAAAUUCCGGUCGUCAUCAAGAGCAACGUCAACAAGAUAAGCCAAAGAUUGUUUGGUUUAAACCUACUGACAAGCGUGUUCCAUUGAUCGCCAUCCCUACUGAGCAAGCCCCACGGGACUUUGUCGAGAAACAUCAAGACUAUGCCGAUCGUAUCUUCGUUGCUUGCAUCAAGAGAUGGCCAAUCACCUCUCUUCAUCCUUUCGGUACACUCGUGGAACAACUUGGAAAGAUGGGAGAAUUAAAGGUCGAGACUGAUGCUCUUCUUCGUGAUAAUAACUUUGCUUCUGAUGAAUUUUCAGAUGCCGUGACACGUAGUGUUGGUCUUGAUGAUUGGUCUUUGGAAAAGGAAGAUGAAACUUCCAUUUCCACUAGACGUGAUUUCCGAGAGGAAAAGACCUUCACCAUUGACCCCAAUGGUGCUGAUGAGCUUGAUGAUGCUAUUCACGUCAAGACUGAAGCCGAUGGAAAGAUUGAAAUCGGUAUUCACAUUGCCGAUGUUGCUCAUUUCAUCAAAGCAAACUCUUUGGUUGAUAGAGAGGCACGCAAACGUGGAACUGCGGUUUAUUUGAUGAACCGCUCAUGUGCAAUGCUGCCACCCAAGAUUGCCUCGGACAUUUGCUCCUUGACUCCAGGUCAAGAUCGUCUUACCGUCUCGGUAGUUUUCAAGGUCAACGCCCAAACCGGUACUGUUUUCGAGGAGGAGACUUGGAUCGGAAAGAGUAUCAUCAAGAGUGGUGGAAAGCUGACGUACAAGGAUGUUGAUGCUGUUCUUUCCGGUCAAACUGAUGUCAAACUUGAGGGUGCUGAAGUUAAGGAUAUUCAAAUCCUCAAUGCUGUCACUCAAAAGUUCCGCGAAUCUCGCCUUGGUUCAGAUGGAGAGACUAUUGCACCACUGAGACUUGUCUAUCAAUUAGACGAUGAAAACGUUCCAGUUGAACAAAACAUCUUCGAUUCCACUCCAUCCCACGAAUUGAUUGAGGAAUUGAUGAACAAGGCCAACUCUUAUGUCGCGCAAAAGAUCUAUCAAGGUCUGCCAGAAAAGGCACUCCUUCGUCGACAAGGGCCACCAAAUUCAAGACGUCUUCAAACCUUUGCUGACCGCAUGAAUAAAAUUGGGUACGAAAUUGACACAUCAAGCAGUGGACGUCUUCAAAACAGUCUUUUCAAGGUUGAUGAUACCAACAUUCGCAAGGGUAUGGAAACACUUUUGGUCAAAUCCAUGCAUCGUGCCAAGUACUUUGUCGCUGGAAAGACCCAACCCCAUCUUUACCCUCAUUACGCGCUUAACUUACCAUUAUACACUCAUUUCACCAACCCAUCCCGUCGUUACGCAGAUUUGGUUGUUCAUCGUCAACUCGAAGCUGUUCUUUCUGACGGCAAGAUUGAGUACAACGAAGAUAUCGAGACGCUCGUUAAGACAACUGAAUCCUGCAACACCAAGAAGGAUUCAGCUCAAAAUGCUCAGGAACAAAGUGUUCACAUUGAGUCUUGUAGGAUUAUGGAUAGAAAACGUGAGGAAGCUGGUGGUGAACUCAUCAGUGAAGGUAUUGUCGUUUGCGUCUACGAAUCUGCCUUCGAUGUUCUGAUUCCAGAGUUUGGUUUUGAAAAGAGAGUUCAUUGCGAUCAACUUCCUCUCAAAAAAGCCGAGUUCCGAAAGAAUGAGAGAGUUCUUGAAUUGUAUUGGGAGAAGGGUGUGCCAUCAUCUGCAUAUGUUCCAGAAGAUGAACGUCCAAAGGCUGGUGCAUCUCAAAGGGCAACAAAUGCUGCCGCCGCUGCCAAGCAAGCCGCUGUUGCGGAGAGAGCCAAGAAGGAGCAUGAAGAAGCUCAACGAAAGGCAAUGGAGACUGGUACCAUGUCAACUGAUGAUGUUGAUGCCUUGUUUGAUGAUGACGAUGACGCUUCCGAUAUUGCCGGUAGCGUUGCUGGUGUUUCUCUUGCGGAACGUCCCACUCAAAGUGUUCCACCAUCACCCACCAAGAACUCCAUCUCAGCUGCAACCAACCUUCACCGAACUCGAUCCGAUUCCAAGGUACCAACGGGUGAACCUGUUGAAAAUAAGCUUAGCGCUAAGGAGAAGUACUUGAAGUAUUUCACCCUUCGUGAAGAAGACGGUGAAUACAUUCAAGAUGUGAAGGAAAUGACAAGAGUCCCAGUCAUCUUAAAGACUGAUCUUACCAAGAGUCCACCAUCUCUCAACCCUUACGCACUCUGA